CACAAUUAAAAUUUAUAUGAUGAUUUCUAGAAUUCCCUUAAGACUUGUUAGAUCAUUAAAGCCUCUUAAUAUGACACCUGUUUGUGCUCCAUUCUGUUCAUAAAUAGAAAAGAUUAAUAAAAGUAUACAUAUUUAAUAUUACUAAAAUUAGAUGGAUAAAAAUUAAUGAAGAUCGUAGAAAAAGAACUUAAAUAUGAAAAAACAAAUUAUGUUGCUGAUGACUCUGCUUUAGAAUUUGUUUAAAAAGCUGGUUUCUAAUUGAAAGAUACUGAAGGGGAUCAUCUAAUAACUUUAGAAAAAAAGGUUGGUGAUAUUAAAGUCAUUGUGUAAUUCUAAUAAAGAUAACCAAACUCUGAAUUUGAAGACGAAUAAGAGGAGGAAACAAAUAAAUAAGAAAAAGAUUAAGAAAAUGAAGAAGAAAAAUAGGAGCCAGCUGAAUAUGCUGAUUUCACAGUCUAUCUUUAAAAAAAUAAUGGAUAGAUAUUAUGUUAUGAAUGCACAACUUCUAAAGGAGAAGUAAGUUUUAUUUAUAAUUUAAUAGAUUAAUGUAAAUAUGGUAAGUCUAGUCAAAAAUUUAGAGGAACAUUAAAAGAUCCCUAGAUAUGAAAGAGGUUUAUAAGAUUACUCAGGACCAGAAUUCAUUAGCUUAGAUGAAGUAUAAAUAUUAAAUAUUCUAUUAGAGAUUAUAAAUGACAUUGGUUGAAUAUUUAAGAGGAUUCGGAAUCAAUGAUGAACUUGGAGCAUUUGUUGAACAUUAUUCUUUAGACAAAGAGGAGAGAUUGUACAUUUAAUGGUUAGAUCAAUUGACAACAUUUUUGAAAAAUUGAGAUGAUGAAAUUAUCAUUUAUUGUAUAUUAAUAGUAAAU